CGGCGGGGCGGGGCGGGCAUGGGGGCCCCCGGGGCCGGCCGCUGAGCGAGCGCGCCGGCGUGCGGCGGGAAGGCCAGCCUCGCGGUUCCUCCGGGAGCCCAACUCCGUUCCCGCGCCGCCACGAUGAUCCCCCCGAGCGGCGCCCGCGAGGACGGCGUGGACGGGCUGCCCAAGGAGGCGCCGAGCGCCGAGCAGCCGCCCUCUCCGGCAUCCACCGGCAGCCAGGAAUCCAAGCUCCAGAAACUAAAACGAUCACUUUCUUUCAAGACCAAGAGUUUACGGAGCAAAAGCGCCGACAACUUCUUCCAGCGAACCAACAGCGACGUGAAGCUGCAGGCGGACAUGCUGGCCGAGGUCAGCCCCAGCUCCAGCCCGCUCCCUGCGCCCGGAAGCCUGACGUCCACACCCACCAGGGCCGCCCUGCACCCCGGGGCUGGCGGCAAGGCCCACGCCUUUCAGGAGCACAUCUUCAAGAAGCCCACCUUCUGCGAUGUGUGCAACCACAUGAUCGUGGGAGCAAACGCUAAGCAUGGGCUGCGCUGCAAGGCCUGUAAGAUGAGCCUCCACCACAAGUGCAUGGAUGGCCUAGCACCCCAGCGGUGCAUGGGCAAGCUGCCAAAAGGGUUUCGGCGUUACUACAGCUCCCCUUUGCUCAUUCACGAACAGUUUGGAUGCAUUAAAGAAGUUAUGCCCAUCGCCUGUGGCAAUAAGGUGGACCCUGUCUACGAGACCCUCCGCUUCGGCACCUCCCUGGCCCAGAGAACAAAGAAGGGCAGCUCGGGCAGUGGCUCUGACUCGCCUCACAGAACCUCUACUUCAGAUCUCGUGGAGGUUCCUGAAGAAGCUGACGGGCCAGGAGGCGGGUAUGACUCACGAAAACGCAGCAACAGUGUGUUUACUUAUCCCGAAAAUGGCACUGACGACUUCAGAGACCAAGCAAAGAACUUACACCACCAGGGAUCUCUUUCCAAAGAACCAUUACAGAUGAACACCUAUGUUGCCUUGUACAAAUUUGUACCACAGGAGAAUGAAGAUUUGGAAAUGAGGCCAGGAGACAUGAUUACUCUUCUAGAAGACACCAAUGAAGAUUGGUGGAAAGGAAAAAUUCAAGACAGGAUUGGCUUCUUCCCGGCCAACUUUGUUCAGAGAGUACAACAAAACGAGAAGAUUUUUAGAUGUGUUAGGACCUUCCUUGGGUGUAAGGAACAGGGGCAGAUGACACUGAAAGAGAAUCAGAUCUGCGUGACCUCUGAAGAAGAGCAGGACGGCUUUAUCAGAGUCCUCAGUGGAAAGAAGAGGGGCCUCGUCCCCCUGGAUGUCCUAGAAAACAUCUGAUUGCUGGCCCCCCUGCUUUUGCAGUGGAUGGGCUCCGCCGCGAUGCCUCAUCUCACACUGUGUCCACACAGAGGAGCUGUCGCGCUGACCCUCCACCCGGGAAACAGUGAGACAAGACUCACGGAUCUGAGACUGGAGUCCCAGCCACAGGACAGAGGGCCCAUCUCACAGCAUUGCCGGGCUGCCCAAGGUGGGGGCGAGGCUGAGCUGAGCACUUUGCAGGUGGCGGUGGCGGUGGCGGUGGGGCAGUAGCCACAACUGUCCCUGAGGAUUCACCUCAGUCCCCAUCCAUGUGAUGUAAGUUAGCCCGCUGGGGUGUGCUCCAGCUUGUGGUAUGGGCCCUGUGCAAGGCUCAGAUCCCUAUAGCCAAGUGUGAUUCUGGUUCUGUGUCCCCAGUCCCGGCCCAUCCACGUCACCACGUUUGCAGUCUCUGCGUCAGGAAGUCCUGCUUCCCAGCCCCCAGCAUCCUAGGGCUCCUCUCAGCCCCUCUCACUUUGCAUUUGUGCUGUCUCUUCUGUCCUCUGAGUCAGUCGUGGGGUGCCCUUGAGGUGUGAGGGCUGAGCUGGUGGCACCAACCACCGAGAGAGACCUGCUCUGCCCAAAGGUGGCCGACAGGCAGUCCCAGCUGCUGCUUUAGUUACCAACAGAGGUGACAGAGCAGGACACGAGGCCCGACAAAUACAGAGGGCGAAGCGCGGGGUAAGGUGGGGCAAAGAGCCCUACUUAUUGAAGAAUACACAGCCCUUCGGGUUAUGAAAGCAUUUCCCUGAGGCGAUGGGCCUGAGGAAGAGAAUGGGGCAAAAAAUCUCAGCGAUCAGCCCUGUUUCAUUCCACGUCCCCUGUACUAGGGGCAGCGUUUUCCCUCAGGCCAUCCUAUAGGACCCCCUUUUGGAGGCUGAGCCCAGCUUGUAGAGAGCCAGGAACCUGGAGGAGAACCAACCGCAUCUUAGGAGAAAAGUAGCCAACUCUGAAUCCGUUCCUCUUUAGGGCAGUAUAUUAUACCCUAGCCGAUGUAAAGUGGAAGAGAAUCUUUUAGUGCUUCAUCCCUCAGAAAGUAGAGGAACUUGGGGCCUCUUUAACAUCAAGUGGGGAGUCCCUCUUACUCUGUAUUUGUACUAAUGUUUACAAGCAUUCAAUAUACUGUGAUGCCUUCCUCCGCAAGCCUCCUCCUAGCAUUCGAACUUGCAUCCGAUUACUUAGUCAUUAAUACGGUUAAACUUCAAUUCACAGUGACCUCGGAACCCAUGUCAGCUCGAUUCAUUUUGUUACAGAGCAAUAAAAGCAUUAGAACAACUGGUUUUUGAAAGACUUAAGCGGGUGCAUCUUGUGCAUGUAAGCAUCGUUCCCCAAACCCUAGUACCAUUAGUCUCCAUUUAUUUCUUUUGUUACUACUCAGCAUGAUGGUGGGAGCUGAGAGAGGAUGGCUGCUGGUUUCACAGUAGUUUGGAUGCCUUACUGUCGUUUUAAAGCCAGCAUCCAGAAUUCCCUCUCUCUCCGCUACAACCUGCAAAACUGAGUGUGCCGAGACAAGAUGGGUUCUCUGAGAGCCAGGGUGGAUGAUCGGACUGCCAUUCCCUGAAACGGAAUGCCAGAGUCCAAACACUUUCUGCCUCUAAUUCUGUAUUCCAUUUAAUAAAGACAACACAGUGCUGAAGGAGCAUAGAAAA